AUGGAAGAGGAUUUUCAUAUCGAAAGGCGCAGUGUAAAUGGCAAAUUUAAAACUAAUACUGUAUUACAAUAUAAUGAAAAUUAUGAGGGUGUUGUUGAGUGGGGUGCCCGUGCUUUAGUUCCAGAAAUCAGCCGACGAGAGAGUAGGGUAGAAAACUUACCAAGGCCAAUUGAACUUUUCAAACUUCAUUUAGGCAAUGUUCCAAAAGAUCAAAAGUCAAAGUUACCAUUCGGUCUUACGCCGAAAGAGUUAUCUUCACAAGAUGGAAGUUCAGAUCCAGCUCAAGCUCUCUAUGCAGAAGGAGAGCAACUGACAGAAUGGCUACUCGUUAAAUAUAAUGCGAUCGCUGUAUUAGAUAAUUCUAAUAAGCAUGACAAAUAUAUCCAAUAUUUGAAAACGAUCCUUUCAAAGAGUCAAUCCAUACAAACUAAACAAAUUCAACAGCUUAGUGAAGAUGAAGUUCAAGGGUUACGAAAUGCCAAAAACAGUAUGGAAAACUAUAUAACAGAAAAUAUCCAGAAAAACAUUAAACUUCUUGAGGAUGAAUUAGUCAAUUUGAAUGAAUAUAGUCAAAACGGCAUAAAAACUAAGGAUGAUUUGAUAUAUCAACAAGAGAAAGCAGCUAUAAAAACUUGA